AUGGAAGCCUUCUUCGAUUUUACAAAACUACCACCUUCGCAAUGGGGUGAUCAUUUCCUCAGUGUUCGCAUAGCUGACUCGGAUUUUGAUCUCCUUGCAAGAGAGAUUAAGGUACUAAAGGCUCAACUAAGAGAGGACAUAUUCAAUUUGUCAUCUCCAGACAACACUACACUAAAGAAGUGUAUAAUUUCGAUUCAUCUGCUGAUCUCCCUUGGCAUCUCUUAUCAUUUUGAGAACGAGAUCGAAGAGAUCUUGAAACAUGCGUUUGAAAAGAUAGAUGAUUUGAUCGCUGAUGAAAUUGAUUUGUACACAAUUUCCAUCAUAUUCCGGGUUUUCAGAACAUAUGGUCAUUACGUGUUAUCCGAUAUUUUCAACAGAUUUAAAGGAAACGACGGCAAAUUCAAGGAAAGUUUAGUAGAAGAAUAUGUCAAGGGUAUGCUAAGCUUCUACGAAGCUGUACACUUUGGGACAACAACAGAUCAUAUACUGGAUAAAGCGUUGAGCUUCACACUAGACCACUUGAAGCCAUUAGCUACAGGCUGCCGACCGUGCACACCACAUCUUGUCAAGCAUAUACAAAACGCCCUCCACAUACCUCAGCACCGGAACAGCCAAGCUCUGGUUGCAAGGGACUAUAUUACAUUCUAUGAACAAGAAGAGGACUGCGAUGAUACACUGCUCAAGCUAGCCAAGCUUAACUUCAAGUUCAUGCAGCUUCAAUACUUCAAGGAAUUAAAAAUUAUAACAAUGUGGUGGAGGGAGCUAGAGCAUACAUUAAACCUUCCAGCUAAUAUCAAAGAAAGAACCGUUGAGAGUUGGUUCUCGGCACUGAUGAUCAACUUCGAGCCACAUUUUUCACUUGGGAGAAUUAUGUCAGCUAAGUUAUACUUAUUGAUCACGUUUAUAGACGAUGCUUGCGAUAUAUAUGGUUCAGUUCCUGAAGUUGCAUGCCUAGUUGAUUGUCUCGAAAGCAGAUGGGAUCCCGAUUACAUGGAAAAUCUUCAAGAUCACAUGAAAAGUGCCUUCAAGUUUGUGAUGCAUGUUUUUAAAGAGUAUGAUGAGAUAUUGAGGUCACAAAAGCGAUCCUUUAUGCUAGAAAAGAUGGUAGAAGAGUUUAUCAUACUCGCAAAAUCAAACCUAAAGCUUAUCAAAUGGACAAAAGCAUGUCACAUGCCUAACUUUGAUGAGUACAUGGAAGCUGGUGAGGCUGAGGUCGGUGCAUAUGCAGCCAUGGCAUGUUCUAUAAUGGGACUUGGAGAUAUUGGUAAGAAGGAAGAUUUUGAGUGGCUUAGAUCUAGACCAAAGUUUGUCCGCUCUUUAGCUGCAAAGACACGGCUUAUGGAUGACAUAACCGAUUAUGAGGACGAUAUGAAUAAAGGGUAUACAGCAAAUGCAAUAAACUAUUACAUGAACCAACAUGGAAUAACCAAAGAAGAAACCAAUAGAGAACUUGAGAAGAUGAUUGGAAAUAUCAACAAAAUUGUCAACGAAGAGUACUUGAAAACCACCAACAUUUCCGGUCGAAUUCGUAACCAGUUCAUCAAUUUCGGACGCUUAGUGGACGUUCUCUAUACGGCAGAUGAUGUCUUCAAUCACCGCGGUGGAAAAUUCAAGGAUUAUAUCUUCACUUUACUCAUAGAUCCCAUCCCUUAA